AUGACAGCAAGUGGGGAACCUGUCCUCGGGAGCCUGUUCGUGUAUGCUCCCAACAAGGUAGCACCUAUCAUCUUUACGGUUGCAUACGCUAUCUCAGCUGCUGGCCAUACCUGGCAGUGCUUUCGUUAUAAGUCAUGGAAAAUGAUCGGGCUACACCCCUUCUGCGCGGUACUGUUCACAGUUGGCUAUGCUAUGCGCGAAUAUGGAAGUUACAACUAUCUCUAUAUGGACAACCUAACGACCCUUAUUGUUUUUAUUCUUGGGCAAAUAUUCAUAUACGUAUGCCCUCCGCUUCUUGAGCUCGCCAAUUACCAUGUACUUGGUCGAAUAUUGCACUAUGUGCCACACCUCGCACCGUUCCCACCCAGUAGAAUUGUAUCUACCUUCGGCCUCGUCAUGUUAGUUGUCGAAACAUUGAAUUCUCUAGGGGUAUCUCUAAGCUCCAACCCAUCAUCCUCUGCGAGCCAACAACAUCUAGGGGGUAACCUAACAAUUGCGGCUCUCUCGCUUCAAUUUGCACUUAUCUUUACCCUGCUUAUCCUGGCGUCUAUAUUCCAUCGACGGUGUGUUAGGCAUGUAUGUGACAAGUACCUCAAGCCUAUCACCACUCUCCUAAUCGUGCUAUAUGUAAGCAUGGUAUUAAUUUUACUACGCUGCAUUUACCGACUAAUAGAGCACAUGGGAAGCACGGCGGUCGACCUGGAUAGCAUUGAAAAACUCAAAGCGUUAAGCCCUAUCCUGCGGCAUGAGUACUUCUUCUACAUCUUUGAGGCAACUCUCAUGCUUAUUAACUCUGUUUUGUGGAAUAUAUGGAACCCUGGCCGCUUUCUGCCUCGAAAUUACCUUAUCCAUUUAGAUAAGGACGGGAACACAGAAGUUGAGGGAGCAGAAGAAGAGGAUAGCCGGUCAUUUCUAGUCAAGGUCGGCCAUGUUGUGACUUUUGGCAUUCUUUGUGGCAAAAGGAAAAGCGGCUGA